AUGUCCCGUCCUUUGUACUCUGGGCUCAAGUGUGCCUUCAUCUUCCCUGAGGUUGCUUGUGACAAAUACGGCAGGAAGGAUGUCAUGUACCAGCUGUGGAGAUGGCAGCCUCACGGAUGCGACCUUCCAAGAUUCGAUGCCAUCAGGCUGCUUGAAAAGCUGAGGAACAAGAGGUUGGUGUUUGUGGGUGACUCUCUCAACAGGAACCAAUGGGUUUCGCUGGUGUGCAUGGUGGAGGCCUCUGUACCUGAUGCUAGGCACAAGAUGCGCACCUUCAAUGGCUCACUCAUUUCCUUCAAGGCAUUGGAAUACAAUGCAACCAUAGACUUCUACUGGUCACCGCUGCUGUUGGAGUCCAACAGCGACGACCCAAUUGUCCACAGGGUGGAGUAUCGGUUCAUAAGGGCAGACAGAAUUGAGAAGCAUGCCAGUGCUUGGAGGGAUGCUGAUAUCAUAAUCUUCAAUUCUUAUGUGUGGUGGAGGAAGCAUAAAGCUGACAUGAGGAUGAAGGUCAUGUAA